AUGGGAAACUCGCAGACCAAGGAAGCACGCGGCCACCCUGCCUCCCGGGUCAGCGGCAGUAGCAGCCCUACUCAAAGACAAGAUCCCACCAUUCCCACCCCAGAGCCAAGCACCAGAAGCCUUCUUUCCUCUCGCCAGCGGGGAAAUAGCCGGCCAGAUUUCUCGUUCCUCGGCAUCGGCGGGAACGGCGACCAAGAUGUUCUUUCGUUGGAGCAGCGCCGUGAGAACAAGGUCGAGCGCGAAGCGCGCAAGGCCGAUAAAGAACGCCAGGCCCGACUCAAAGAGCGAGAGCGCAGCAUGAGGGAAGAGAAUAUCGAUGGAGGGUAUCUUGUGACCCAAGGUGUCUAUGUUGGGGUGGAAGACUACAACAAGGCCAUCGUUAGGCAGUUGAUGAUCGAGAGGCGUCUUGCGCCGUUCUGGAGGGGUCUGAACGACUUUUCGGAGUCAUGGGCAGAACAUCAGCUUAUGGCAGCUGCCCGCGGCAUGGAAAUCCCUCCGGCCGACGAAGUACCCCCGGAACUGGAAUACCGACUUUCCAAGAAGCCCACGACAGAUUCGAAGGACAAGUCUAUCAAGAGCCUGACACUGCCCAUCGGUGGUCGUUCACAAUCAUAUCAAUCCGAUACUUCCGGGCCCAUCUCACCGAUGAACAAUUCAUUACCAGUGUCUUCCCCAACAUCACCGCUACCAUCGUCGUCCCCAGGAACACCGCUUUUUCGAGCGAGAGCAAAGACUCUAGCCUCCCUAACAACGUCUUCUCGCAACAAUAGCCAGGCGGAUAUGACGCCACGAGAAUUCCAGCUACCUCCGGAUCCCUUCGUGAACGGACAGCCCAUCGAAGUCUACCUUUACAAAGACGCAUCGGAAUGUCCCAUUUGCUUCCUCUACUAUCCUCCCUACCUCAACACUACAAGAUGCUGUGAGCAGCCUAUCUGCUCGGAGUGUUUCGUACAGAUCAAGCGCCCCGACCCACACCCUCCGGAACACGAGACGCCUGAUCCCAACGCUCCACCGUUGUCGGAAGAGGAUCGUCAGGCCCAGCAGGAAGGUCUACUUGUCUCAGAGGUUGCAACAUGCCCAUACUGCAAGCAACCGGAGUUUGGUAUCACUUACCCACCUCCUCCUUUUCGGCGGGGCCUCACCUACGGCUCUAGCUCCCAGCCUUAUCAGAUCAGGUCAGCCAUGUCUUCGCAAACUUCUAUCUCUUCCUCCGGAAUGUCGCCGUCGGGACGACGUAGGGGAACGUCUCUCUCGGCCACUGCUCCGGAGGUCAUCACCACUGAUAAAGUUCGCCCAGAUUGGGCAAACAAACUUGCAACGGCGAGGGCUCAUGCCGCCCGCAGGUCAGCUGCAGCAACCGCGCUCCACACGGCUGCAUAUAUGAUGAACGGUCAAGCAGAUCCCAGAGCUUUCGGCCCGUUCGGCCGACGCAGCGUUCUUCGUCGGCCUACAGGCGAUAACCCCGACGGACAGAGCCCGCAUCUGAGCGCAUUAUCCAUGCUUGCUGAGAGGCAUGCUGGAAGGCAACAAGAAGAGGGACAAGGACGGGCAAAUCCGUUUCUGGCUCCUCCGCGCGCCAGCAGCAACCGCCGCAGUCGCAUGGAUGAUCUAGAAGACAUGAUGAUGAUGGAAGCUAUACGCCUCAGUCUCGCGUCGGAAGAUGAACGGCGAAAGAAAGAAGAGAAAGAGGCCAAAAAAGAGGCCAAGAAGAAAGCCAAAGAGCAGAAAAAAGAAGAAAAGGCUGCGCGAAAGAGUACCCUCUUUCCUACGUAUUCCAACACCAGCAUUGGAGAUGGCGCGAGCAGCUUAAUGGAACGUUCUCGCAGUAACCUCUCCUCGGUCCCUGACGAAGACCAUGAGAUCGGUAAGGGCAAAGGCAUCGAGAGAGGAGAGUCGCCGUUGGAAGAAGACGGCGAUUCGAGAGCCGGCGAGGGCUUGCGAAUGUCACGCUUCCCAGAACUCUCCUUAUCCGGUACCAGUCAAGAGUCUCUUGCCCCCAGUAUUCCUAUACCGGGUUCUGGGGAGCCUUUAAGGCCGUCGCACCUACGACACAUGUCAAACGCUUCUUCAGCGGCAUCCUCCAUCGCAGAAAUUGGGCCCUCCGGCUCUGUGCCUACAGGAUCCACUCCGCCAGAACCGAUGUUCAACUUCCAAAGCCUUGCUGCCAUGAUCGACGAAGAUGACAAAGCCGAUGCCUCGACUCAUGUAGAGCACGCUGUGCCGAAUGGAACGGCGUUAGCUCUGGGAAGACCAGAGAGCCGAAACGGCGAGCGUGCUUCAGCUUCCGAGACCGUGGCUCAGUCUGAUGCUUCUGCAUUGAAGCAGCUCGCGAAGCCCGGAGAGAGUGUGCAAAAGGAGAAGAAUCCCAUUCCUGCUACGGUCGAGUUUGAGGAUCGCAAUGAAUUGACACGGCAAGAACUGUAG